AUGGGGAUGCGGAUGGGCAGGGGAUCACCUGUGGCCAGAGAAAAGGUCUUUUAUCAGAUGGUGGUGUUAAUAGCAUUUCUGCUUCUGCCUCACAUGGCAUGCAAAGGAACUGUGAAGAAGUGCCCCAUGAAUUAUGCCCUCCCAAUUCUACAUGAGUGGUAUCAACCCGGUGACCUUAUCAUUGGUGGGAUUACUUCUCAGGUCUUUUAUGUGCUCCACAAACCUUCCUUUGAGGAACACCCUUCUCAGAAGCUGUUUGACACCCCUGUUGUGGUGACCAAAUUCUACCAGCACAUGCUGUCCAUGGCAUUUGCCAUAAACGAGAUUAAUGAGAAUCCCAUGAUCUUGCCCAACAUCACACUUGGAUUCCAUGUCUGUGACAGCUACUAUGAUGCAAAGAUGACCUAUCGGACCACUCUGGAGCUGCUCUUCAAAUUACACAGAUUUGUCCCCAACUACAAAUGCGGCAAAGAGAAAAACCUCAUCGCAAUCAUUGGGGGACUAGGCUCUGAUAUCUCCUUCCACAUGGCAGAUAUCUUACGCCUUUACAAGAUCCCACAGCUCUCAUAUGGCUCAUUUGCCUCAGAAGACAGUGAUACCUUUCAUUCUCCAUCCUUUUACCGCAUGGUUUCUAACGAGGCCCAGCAAUACACAGGAAUUAUCCAUUUAUUGAAGCAUUUUGGAUGGACAUGGGUUGGGCUAUACGCUGUGGAUGAUGAGAGUGGAGAACAUUUCUUGGAGGCCCUGGAGGCCCUGUUAUCACACCACGGAUUGUGUUCUGCAUUUGUAGAAAGAGUUCCGAGAGAAACCUAUUUGACUGACAUUUUUGAGAUCAAUGACAUGGUCUCCAGUAUUUAUCGACCUGUUACAGAUGCUAAAGUCAAGACGUGUGUCCUUUACGGAGAAACUUUCACCAUUUUGUGGCUGAGCUAUUUUAUGCUUCUUGGAGUUCCUGGGCACAAGGAAAACAAAUCUGAUGGAAAGCUCCACCCAGUUCUUCAAGAUGUCUCAUUUAAUAACUCAGCUGGUGGAACCAUGUCUUUCAACGCAAACAAAGAAAUGAGAUCUGGCUUCGAUAUCAUGAAUGUGGUCACAUUCCCAAACAACUCCAUCUUUAGAAUGAAAGUUGGAAGAGUGGAUUAUAGUGAUCUCAAAGGACAACAAUUCAUCAUUAAUGAGGAUAAGAUUGUGUGGCCCAGGCAUUUCAACCAGGUGGUACCAGUUUCUUUGUGUACUAGCUCCUGCCACCCUGGCUAUCAGAAAAAUAAGAGAGAAGGGGAGAAAUUUUGCUGCUAUGAUUGUGUUCAAUGCCCAGAAGGGAAGAUUUCCCACCAAAAGGACAUGGAUGACUGUAUCAAGUGUCCAGAAGAUCAGUAUCCAAGCAAGCACCAAAACCAGUGCAUUCCCAAGACAAUCAACUUCCUCACUUUAAAAGAACCUUUAGGGAUCUGUUUAGCCUCUCUUGCUAUUUCUUUUUCCAUGAUCACAGUCAUAGUACUGGGAAUUUUCAUUAAGCACAAAGAUACCCCCAUUGUCAAAGCCAAUAACAGGGAUAUCACUUUUGCGCUCCUGAUUUCCCUCCUGCUCUGCUUCCUCUGUUCCUUGCUGUUUUUUGGACGACCUAGGAAGGUGAGCUGCUUCCUCCGGCAAUCUACUUUCAGCAGCAUCUUCUCAGUGGCUGUUUCUUGUGUGUUGGCCAAAACUAUUACUGUGGUUGUAGCUUUCAUGGCCACCAAACCAGGGUCCAGCAUGAGGAAGUGGGUGGGGAAAAGGCUGACCAACUUCAUUAUCCUUCCCUGCUCACUUAUUCAAGUAAGCAUUUGUAUGGUUUGGCUAGGAACUUGUCCCCCUUUCCCAGACUUUGACACACAGUCACUGACUGAAGAGAUCAUAUUAGAAUGUAACGAAGGGUCUGUUAUCAUGUUCUAUAUUGUGCUGGGCUACAUGGGACUUCUGUCGAUCAUAAAUUUGACUGUAGCUUUCCUAGCUAGAAAACUGCCAGACAGUUUUAAUGAAGCCAAGUACAUCACCUUCAGUAUGUUUAUAUUUUGCAGUGUUUGGGUGUCUUUUGUUCCAACCUACUUGAGCACCAAAGGAAAAUACAUGGUAGCCGUGGAGAUCUUCUCUAUCUUGGCUUCCAGUGCUGGAUUACUGGUUUGUAUCUUUUCCCCUAAAUGCUACAUUAUUCUUCUGAGGCCAGAAUUAAACAACAGGAAACAGUUAAUUAGGAGGAAGAGUUAG